GAGCAGCUUGAAGCUGUUGCCAUGGCAGCGUAAACAAUGAUCGCACGAGAACGGUAGAAGCACGUGAAGUGUGCGGAGGAGCUAUGACGCCGCAAACAGCUCCUCGGCGGUAGCUUAUUUUGUCCUCCCGUUACACUUUUGCAACACGUACGGUACCUUCUUCUUCCAUGAUCAUGUCCGUCGCGGAGUCGCCGAAAAAGGCGGGUUUGCCCCGCGAGGUGCUGAAGUGGCUCCUGGGCCUCGAGCUGUCGUUCUCUCCCAAGAACCCCCGCAGAGACUUUUCCAAUGGCUAUCUCGUGGCAGAAAUAUUCUUCAGCUACUACCCCGAUGAUUUUCCUGUGCACAACUACGUGAAUGGAACGUCGCUUCUCACAAAAAUGAGCAACUGGUCCCAGAUUGAAAGGAUUUCCUGUUUUUGUAAGUCGCUGCUGAAACAAAACGUCCGGCUGCCAAAGGAGGUCAUCGAAGGCACCGUUCACUGCAAACCGGGAGCAGCCGAGCUCUUGAUUCAAGAGAUUUAUGUUCUUCUCACAAACAGAAGAAUCAAAUCCCUGUACGAGAGGGACGCGGACUUCACCGACCGCGGUUACCAGGGGAAACUACCCAUGGUUGCCCGAGCUACGGCCUCCGGGGCAAUCAAAAGCAAUCUCCGUCUCAGCGAGAUUCUGGCUGAUCCCAGGAUUGACAAAAACAAGCAGAAGGUCCAAGACAUCAUCCACAUGCAUCAAGUGCAGAGGCAGACGGAGAGGAUGGAGAACCCUAGGCACUUCCUGAGGCAAAGGAUGGAGAAAAGAGCAAGCAGAUUCUCAGCAGCGUCAGGCCAACAGAAAGGUCCACCUUCACAGUGCAGUGGCUGGACGUUUGGCCUGUCCGCACCUCCUCUCAGAAGCACAGCUGGCAUCCGGUUCAAGGAGAUCCGUGUGAAGCAGGCAGCCAGACAGUCCACAUCAAGGGCGUCCGAGGGCCUCGCUCACGAUGGGGACGCACCACAAGUUCCCACUGACGCGCCGCCCUCUCAUUUUAGGUGUUAUUAACUUCUGUUUAUCAAUACAUAUCCCUGCUUGUCCUGAGUUGUGUCACUGCUAAAAAAUGUGUAUACAGGGAUUGGAGUUGGGGGU